AUUCUCAUCAACUUGUAAAGGUUGUAUUUCAAGUGGGGGCUUCAGUUGUCUUCUCUUGAGCUCUCACAGAGAUGGUUGUUCCUCCCCCGGUCAGGCCUCCUACUAUCACAAAGUUUUUAAAGCCUUAUGUGCUAAAAAUGCACUUUACAAAUAAAUAUGUAAGUGCCCAGGUAGUCCACUCACCAACUGCUACUGUAGCCUCUUCUGCAAGCUCACAAGAAAAGGCUUUGAGAGAGAGCCUGGAAUCACAUCGGGAUGUUGCUGCUGCUGCGAAGAUUGGGAAGAUAUUAGGGGAGCGCCUGCUGCUCAAGAAUAUCCCUGCUGUAUCAGUCCACUUAAAGAGAGAACAGAAAUAUCAUGGAUUACACCUUCUUUUUAUGUGAUUUGGGGGUCAAAUAUUUGAGUUAUCAGUUUGACAUGAUUAUGAUUGCAUGUUUUGUGGUGGGAGUGGCAGACUGGUGAUGUUAGCUUCCACCGAGUAGAAACACUCCGGUGGUCAUGUUUGAGUUGUCUAGAUUAUCAGUUUAGCUUACUGCAACGUUUUUCAUCCGAAAUCCGUGGUACCAAGAUUAACAAAAGGCACACCUUCCUAUACCCCCUUGUAAUCAAAUACCAAUUCCCCUGAGUUACAUAUGCUUCUCCAUCGUUCCCCAUCAAAUUUUCUGU